AUGUCUGAUCUGAUGCAAAGCGAGAAAGCCGAGUUGGUGAAGAUAAACACGCAGCUGCAGAAGGAGUCGCUGCAGACGGAGGAAGAUCGAGAAGACCUGGUCCGCACCCUGAUGGAGGUGAAGACCGAGCUGGAGAACCUGAGGGGUCGGCUCAGAGAGUUCCUGGAGGAGGUGGAGGCGGAGCGGGAGAAGAACAAGCAGAACCUCCAGGCGGUGGAGGAGGAGAUAACCCAGCGAGAGGCGACCUUUGACAAACCGGAGGAACUACUGAGACGGAAAGAAGACCUGCUCCGAGCCCAGUGGGAACUGGACCAGACCAAGAAAGACAACGAGAGACAGCUGCUGGACACCGAGAGACUCCUGGAGCCAAUAGACCUCCAGGUCAACAAAAUACACCAAAGGAAGGAGGAGGACUUUCGGAAAGUACCCCUGAGGAAACAAACUGAGUGUGUGUCCUCCAGUGCGUCCUACUGUGUCCCUGCCAUGCGUCCUCCCGUCUCUGGGGUCCUUGCUACUGCUGUAGCCUUGUUCUCGACAGUGAAUUACUAUUUCCCAAAAGAUGAUAAAAUGGACAACACAGAGACAAAUGCACUGAUUCAACCGUCACAGAAGGAAAAUGAAGGGGAACAUGUGUCCAAUACAGUGAUGGAACAGGAGGAGGAGAAACCACAAUGUACAAAGAAAUCCACAAAGCUGAACAUGACAGAUGGACCGUUCUUUGAACCUGCAUUCAAGGCCGUCAGUGGAUCGAUGCCCCUCGACACCGUCUUCAUCCUCCUGCUCAUACACACCUGUGGAGCUGAUUUGGUUGAAUCCAUUUCCAAAGUGUCUCAGCACAUGAGCCUGGGGGGUGUCCUGGUGGACAUGGCUCUGAGUUUAACUCUAGCCGUUUAUGGCAUGUACAGAUGGAAACGCGAGAAAGCCGAGUUGGUGAAGAGAAACACGCAGCUGCAGAAGGAGUCGCUGCAGACGGAGGAAGACCGAGAAGACCUGGUCCGCACCCUGAUGGAGGUGAAGACCGAGCUGGAGAACCUGAGGGGUCGGCUCAGAGAGUUCCUGGAGGAGGUGGAGGCGGAGCGGGAGGGGAACAAGCAGAACCUCCAGGCUGUGGAGGAGGAGAUAACCCAGCGAGAGGCGACCUUUGACAAACCGGAGGAACUACUGAGACGGAAAGAAGACCUCCUCCAAGCCCAGUGGGAACUGGACCAGACCAAGAAAGACCAUGAGAGACAGCUGCUGGACACCGAGAGACUCCUGGAGCCAAUAGACAUCCAGGUUCACAAAAUACACCGAAGGAAGGAGGAAGACUUUGGGUGAAGUACCUCCAAGGGAACAAAGUCAACAUGUGUA